AUGAGAUACCCCCAGGGUGCCCAGAUGGUGACGGCAUGCCAAGCAGAGGGACAGGACCUGUACCCGCACACCCCACUGCGCACCCGCUUCUGCCUGGACGGCGGCCGAUCGCAGGAACUGAGCAGGUUUCACCAGCUGACCCAGCAGCACCGUGAGUUUUACCGAGACAAGAGCGGGACGCUGUACCCUCUUCCCUACUUUGUGCUGCCUGCCAAGGAAAAGGAGAGAUAUCCUCAUCCGCUUGACCUCCCACCGCUCAGCGCGAAGACCCGCUGGCAUUUGCUGCGAGUGUCACCGAUGAACCUGCGGACCUACCAGACCUUCCCUUCGGGGAAGAGGGUCACCUCCCAGGAGAGAGCAAUCCGAGACAGCUUUUUCGAGUGCCGAUUCUAA